AUGGCUGCGAAAGGUGUCUGUGAGCAUCUGGGCUUUAUCUCCAUGUAUUUUGUGCACCAAUCGGCAAGAGGUGUCCUAAGGCCUCCUUGCUGUUCCUGGAGCUCCCCAGAAGAGCUCAGGGCUGGAGCUCUUUGUUUUGUCUGCAUCCGGAUGGAUCUUCCUGAGGGAUCAGAGUUGAACUUGAUGAUGGACAGAGAAGGGGUCUGGAGGCAGCAGAGCAGUCUGCAGCCCAGCCCAGCUGCCAGCCAGAGAUGCGGAAGGGCAGUGGCUGCCUCUGCUCCCCGCCACCACUCCACACUUCUGCUCACAGGGCAGCAACAGACCCAGCUGGGUUCUGGGUCAUCCGUGUUCCCAGCACUGAUUCUGGAGCCUAAGAAAGAUAGAGUUGUGUUUUGCAGGCCGUGGAGCAGGGUCUCUGCCCUCUACACUCUCCAUGUCAACAGCACCCUCCUUCUAGAUCGUGGUGACCAAAAGAUGUCUCCAGACAUUGCUAAAUGUCACUCCGGGUGCAACAUCGCUGCCAGUGGAGGAAAAACCGUGAAUGAGAACAUCCUGGAGUCCUUGGGCAUGACUUCUGACAUGAAGCCCUCCUGGAUCACUCAGAUGGCUGCAUAUGACCUGAACCAGACCCCGUAGGUGUUUAUAAGCCUACCUGCACGAGGCUUUCUGUGGUCCUGAGUCUGAAGGAUGCUACAGAAAGCUGGGCUGCGCCGCAGAGGAAAGGAAGAGCAGGAAUUUGUUCUCAAUAAAUAAUAGACUCUGGAUUGCAAGGCUCUAUCGGAGCCAAUGUGAAGAUGGUCAUUUGAUGACCUUAUGUUUCUAACAAUUUCUGGAGUCAAGGAACUUGGAGGGGGUGAGGGUUGGACUCUGAGCCACCCGUUGUUCUUGCUAAGUGUGGCUCACUCUAGGAGGCAAAAGCAUGAGAAUAUCAGUUCUCCAAUUUUCUUCAGCCCUCUGCUUGAGAAAAGAAUACCAAGUUCCAAGGAAAGACUUCUGGAUCAUUAGCAGAAUGGGACUGACUCUGCUCUCCCUUUGUACUGUUAGCCCCCAGCUCACUCCUGUCCCUAGGAAAAGUUUCAUCAGGCUUGAGUCCCCACCAAAAUGUCCCAGUAUGCCAGUUUGACCAGACAGUUCAGAUUCCACAUGUACAACUCAACAGAGGACACAAAAAUUUAAUCCGAUAAGUGUAAAAUGGCAGCCCCUCAUAGUUGGGGUUGGCCUGCCUUUCAGCUCAUGCAGCUCACAGCCACCAACCAGCAUAGAAAGAAGGGUGUGAAUGGCUAUAAAAGAGGAAGGUGAAAGCAGCAUGUCUCAAAGUUCUGCAAGAGUUUUCAAAGGAAAAGGAAACUGAAAAAGGAAAGAAACACAGUCAACAUUUAUCCGUGUACUGUCAUCUUUUCAAUGAAUUUCUUUCCAUCCAAUUGCCACAGCGUGUAAGGGGCCAGAUAAGGCUUCACAGCGCUAGACUAGUUCCAGUAAGUUUAUUUAUGUCUGGCUGAGGAUGAAGUUGCCUUUACAUUUUGACUUUUCUUGGGCUGUUUCAGAUGGUCUUCCAUGAGCUCACUGGAACACAUUUGCCAUUCCAGGAAGCAGCAGCUGCAGAGAGGAGAGAAGGAAAUCAGCAAUGUCAAGGGCUUUGUGACAGGCCAGGCUUGCAAGCUCUGCUUGUACUUUCUCAAUUAAUCUUCACCGCCACCCCACGUGGGGAGUAUUACUAUCCUCACUUUACCAACACGGGAACAGCUUCUCAGAGGAGCUAGGUAACUCGCCCCAGGUCACAGGGCUAAAUGAGAACAGAACUAAAAUUCAGACCCACCAAAAUAAUCUUUCCCGAAAUAAUCUUUUCACAAGACUGCAGGGCAGUAGGGCACGUGAGUACCCAGUGCCUUCAGGAUGUGAGGAAGGGCAUUGUGAUGCGAUGUGACAUUUCUGAGCCAUGAUGUGAUGUGACACAGAGAGAAUCUAAGGGAAGAGGCAAAAAAUAAAAAAAUAAAAUAAAAUAAAAAUUACAGGUAUAGUCAGAAUCAACAGACAGCACAGCCUUAAUCUGCUUGCACCAGGCUUCCUGUGGUCCCGAGU